AUGGACGAGCAUCGCAGCCUCCUGCGCUCGCCGCCGCAGCCCUCCGCCCGCCCUCGCGCCCACCCUCCCCAGGACCCCGCGAGGCCCGGCCCAGGCGACGGCGACGGUGGCGCCCACACCCUAGUGAACCCCGGCUACGCGGAGCCCGCCGCGGGCGCGGAGCCGCCGCCCGACAUGACGGUGGUGCCCGGGGACCACCUGCCGGAGCCGGAGGCGGCGGACGGCGGCGGCGGGGAGCCGCCCCAGGGCGGCUGCGGCGCGGGCGGCGGCGGCGGCGGCUGUGAGCGCUACGAGCCGCUGCCCCCCGCGCUGCCGGCCGCGGGCGAGCAAGACUGCUGCGGGGAGCGCGUGGUCAUCAACAUCUCCGGGCUGCGCUUCGAGACGCAGCUCAAGACCCUCUGCCAGUUCCCCGAGACGCUGCUGGGCGACCCCAAGCGGCGCAUGCGGUACUUCGACCCGCUCCGCAACGAGUACUUCUUCGAUCGCAACCGCCCCAGCUUCGACGCCAUCCUCUACUACUACCAGUCCGGGGGGCGCAUCCGGCGGCCGGUCAACGUGCCCAUAGACAUCUUCUCCGAGGAGAUCCGCUUCUACCAGCUGGGCGAGGAGGCCAUGGAGAAGUUCCGCGAGGACGAGGGCUUCCUGCGGGAGGAGGAGCGGCCCCUGCCCCGCCGGGACUUCCAGCGCCAGGUGUGGCUGCUCUUCGAGUACCCCGAGAGCUCCGGGCCGGCCCGGGGCAUCGCCAUCGUGUCGGUCCUCGUCAUCCUCAUCUCCAUCGUCAUCUUCUGUCUGGAGACGUUGCCCGAGUUCCGAGACGAGAAGGACUACCCGGCCUCGCCGCCCUCGGCGCCCGACGCCUUCGAAGCGGCCGGCAACGGCACGUCGGGGUCCCCCGCGGGAGUCUCCAGCUUCUCGGAUCCCUUCUUCGUGGUGGAGACCCUGUGCAUCAUCUGGUUCUCCUUUGAGCUGCUGGUGCGCUUCUUUGCCUGCCCCAGCAAAGCCACCUUCUCCAGAAACAUCAUGAAUCUCAUAGACAUCGUGGCCAUCAUCCCUUACUUCAUCACCCUGGGCACCGAGCUGGCCGAGAGGCAGGGCAACGGGCAGCAGGCCAUGUCCCUGGCCAUCCUGAGGGUCAUCCGCCUGGUGAGGGUCUUCCGCAUCUUCAAACUCUCCCGCCACUCCAAGGGCCUGCAAAUCCUCGGGCAAACCCUGAAGGCUUCCAUGCGGGAGCUGGGGCUGCUCAUUUUCUUCCUCUUCAUCGGGGUCAUCCUCUUCUCCAGCGCCGUCUACUUCGCGGAGGCGGACGACCCCACUUCAGGUUUCAACAGUAUCCCCGAUGCCUUCUGGUGGGCAGUGGUUACUAUGACGACCGUGGGUUACGGUGACAUGCACCCGGUGACUAUCGGGGGCAAGAUCGUGGGCUCCCUCUGUGCCAUCGCGGGCGUCCUGACCAUCGCCCUGCCGGUUCCCGUGAUCGUUUCCAACUUCAACUACUUCUACCACCGCGAGACGGAAGGGGAAGAGCAAGCCCAGUACAUGCACGUGGGGAGCUGCCAGCACCUCUCUGCUUCUGCCGAGGAGCUCCGGAAAGCGCGCAGCAACUCCACGCUGAGUAAGUCCGAGUAUAUGGUGAUCGAAGAGGGAGGCAUGAACCACAGCGCGUUCCCCCAGACCCCUUUCAAAACAGGCAACUCCACUGCCACCUGCACCACGAACAAUAACCCCAACUCCUGUGUCAACAUCAAAAAGAUCUUCACGGAUGUCUAAGGCGUGACGUGAGUGGCAGAGUGCGCUCCCGUGUCCUGUGGAACGUGCCCCCUUGGUCUGUGUAUGCCCUUGUUUUGUACAUUUCCAGACCACUCAUCAAGAAAAGGACCCGGGGAAGGGGGGGAUGCCUUCUCCCCAUUGCUUCACACUGAAACAGGUGCCUGUUUUCAAGUGGGCUACAUUCUCUCAAUUGUCCUCCUCCCC